AUGGAGAUCCGAAUUCUGUGCCUGAGGCUUGAGCGGAGUCGAGAGGCCUUGCAGCUCUUGGCCAAUGUUGGCUUGCCAGAACCAUGGCAGCGAAAAGGCUGGUGCCUCUACCGGUGCAAACCGUCCUUAUCCGUGAAGAAGGUGGCGGCGUUUGAUUUCGACAAGACACUUCACUUCGGAGGUGUUGCUUGGAAACUGAGUUCUUCCCACAUCCCAAAGAUCCUUGGGAGGCUGCAGCAGUCUGGCUACACGGUCGCUGUUUUCUCAAAUCAGCACGGACCGGGACGACAGAGCACUGCUGAAAGGAUGAUGGCGGAGGUGGAGCAGCUGCUCCAGACUUUCGAAGACUUCCGCGCGUUCGUCGAAAGCGACUCCGUCGACUCGGUCGACCUCCAAAUCUUCGUGGCGACCGCACGGGGUGACAUCCAAGACCCUUUUCGAAAACCCAACAUCGGAAUGUGGGAACUACUUUCCUCGCUGAGUAACCAGCCCAUUGAUGUCAGCCAGAGUUUCUAUGUGGGAAACUCUGCCGGACGCGGAGGUGACAACAGCUCCGUGGAUGCGGAGUUUGCGCGGCGAAUUGGACUCGACUUCCACACUGAGGAUGUCGAUUUGGUCAGUUUUUGUGAGAUGCAGUACAGCAUUGAGUGGAUCCUCUUGGGAAACAUUGGAGAUGAGGCAAAGGUUGACAUGACAUGGCCUUGCAGUUUGGCCAGAGAGAUGCUGGAGAGCUCAUACUUGUGCCCAACACAGGGGCCCAACGAGAAAGCUCCACAAGGCCACAAGGAUGAAAAAUUUUGUGCCUUAGCUGUACGUCUGACACGGCUGGAAGAGGCAACUCGUGCGCAACAACCUCCAGCGCUGCCAGACCGCAUGUGUUGGAUAUGGGGGGUGCGAAUCCGACAUGCGACGUGUCCAGGCCCUGAAGCACGUGGGGAGGUGAACCGCCUGUCCAUUGCACAGUGCUGCACCGUGCUUCAUGUCGUUUCACGGUGCUUUCAGCGGCAUCUCGAAAGAAAUCCAGAUUGCGGAGUCACAGCGGCGCCAGACACAGCAGUGGAACCAGUGGAACUUGUGAACACGAAGCCUUCAGAAAUGAUUCCACGAAAGGUUGACCCAGAAGCAAUGGUGCAACGGGUGUUAAAGCAUGGCGGCGCGGUUUCAAUCGCCACCCUGCGAGUUUUUGUGGCGCUGCUUAAGUUCGCGUUCGAGAAGUUCGAGAUGAGAGCUCGCUUGGUCCUGGUGCUCUUUGCACAUCAUUUGCACCGCAGGAUUUGCAAUAAUCGUCAGCGGCAACGCAGCAUCCAUCGCUUGCCACAACCCCUGGCGCUUUUGGUUCAGCCGUAUGUUCUUUUUCAUUGCGUCUUCCUCUAUUUGCUGGGUGAGUCUUGCAUGCAGAUGUGGGACUUGAUGCAGGCCUCGCAUUGGUUAGACGAGGAGAACUUCCCGCGAUGGCCUUUCUCGAGGCGGCCACACAGGGAACCUGUCGUGGACGUCCUUCGACUCAUGGCCAUUGCGACGCCCAUCGUGACGAUCUUCACAGGGAUGGUGACUCUUGUGCAUCUGUGGCGUCAUCAUGUGAAUUUGGAGCGGGCUUUUGACAGAGGCCUCCAUUGGUAUCCUUCCCAUAGCCACGAUUUGGCGAUGCAAGUUGCAGCAAUGCCAUUGAUUUAUGGCGUUUUUUCAUUGGACUGUGUGAUUCAGACGUUGCUGCUGAUGACUGGCCAGUGCUUUGUUAAUGAAGCUGUCUCCCCGAAAAUGUUGGACAUGAUGCGCCACAUGACGGAGGAGCGCUACAGCAGUAACUUGGAGCUUGCGGAUUUGUGUGAAGCAUGGGCUCUGUACAAUUUCGGCCGCUUGUGCUUGAUGCGCAUCCGCCGACAGAUUCGACAAGAAGUGCCUAUGCUCCGUGCGUCCUUGGCAAGUUUGGAUGAAGAUCAGCAACGAGGUAUUCUGAUUUUCCGCGACCCUGAGCAUUUUCUUUUUCGGCCUCUGGAAGUCACAACUGGCAUCGGUGUGAAGUUCUUCGUGUACACCUGUGUCGCGAAGUCAUUGUUUGCUCUGACCGUCACCUUCGUGGCAGACACCUUUCACAUCAGACUCUGCGAUCAAGUUCCGUGGGUUUGCAGCCUCCUUCCCCUUAUGGAUGGAGCAGCAUUCGUGUCUUCCACUAUCGCCAUUUUGAGCUUGAUCGCUAUAGAGCACGGAUUCCAUCAGAUUCUGCGAUUGGAAGGGUUCGCGCCAGUGCUGAAAUUUCUGGGUGUGAAGGUUUUGGUCACGGUGACCUGCAUGCAGUCCCUGGUGAUCAGCCUUUUCCACAAGCGGGACCUCCUAAAAUCCGAUGAAGCGAAUCUCUGCAACGCGUGCUUGCUUUGCUUCGAAGUUCUUCCACUUUCAGUGCUGACAUACCAUGCGUGGAAGCCACGUGGCGCUGGUGAUGCUGGUGAUUGGUAUGAUGCUGAUUGCGGCUGGGGCUAUGGCAACGUUGACGUUGGUCGGCUGGCCGGAGAAGGUGACUGGGCGGAAAGCUAUGCGGCCUUGGGAACAAAUAGCUCCACUUCAUCGCGUGGUUUCAGGGUCCAAGUCGAAAAAGCCAAGCUGGAAGAAGUUUCUUCAGAAAAUUUGCGGAGCUUCGAAAGAUCGCCCGUGGCAUCCAGAGAUCCUCAAGGAUCAGCAUCCAGAUCAUUUUCCACCGAAUCGCCACAAGGAUCUCAAAGCUUUCAACACGAUGGCUCUGAGCUUGUACGAUGGAAGUCUUUCUGCGACCUCAAGCGCGUGUGGUGAAAA